AUGUCUGUCAAGAGUGGCGCAUCUCAGUUGUACGAUGCAGAUGCACCUUUCCUAGUGGAAUCCUACCAGAAUGUUAGUGAUGAAGCAGGUGGAAAAGAUCUUUUACCGUCCUAUUCGUACAAUACAACACCGCACACGCCGGGACAGCCGCGAUCAUGGGACGAGGCUGCGCGUGCGCCGACGAACCCGAUUCGUCCGACCAUACCAGGCGCUCCUGGUCAUGUAUAUGCGGAUGUGAACGAAGACAAUCCCUACCUAGGAGUGGGCGGUGCGCCAUCGAUUGCACCGGCUCCUCUUAAUGCUACCAUUACUGGCUACGCUACAGGUCUGGGUUGGGAACUUAGCAAGUUGUGUGCUAUGGCGUAUGCCAUCCCACCUUUUUCAAGUGUGCUUUUACUACUAUGGGAGACGCAAAAUGAUCUUGCUCGUUUCCACGCUUACCAAGCUGGUUUUGGCGGUGCGAUCGUGCUCGUGGGUGCAUGGGUUCUCAGGAAUAUAUUUGGUCUGCGCUGGUUUGUUUGGCUACUAACGCGCUUGUGCCUUUUUGGAUCAUGGUAUUGCGCCUACAUCGCGCACCGCUCUGCCACGUCGCUCGAACGUGAGCCAUUCCUGCCUGUGCUGGGCAACUACGCCGUGCGAUGCGUCGGCGACGAAUAG